AAGAUCCAUGGCAUGGGCGUUCAUCUCUAUUGCUAUAUCUUCCUCUCGUCUCUUUAGUUAACUGAUGACGAGGUGAAAAUGGCGGAUCUUUCGAAAUCCAACCCCGGCCUGAAAAUAGAAACGUAGCUAGCUAGCUGGUCGUUUUCAUAGUGCUGCUCCUGUCACCAAUGGAUGAUUUUGACAGGCUGCUUAGUUGAGAAAACAAGAAUCGGCCCCCAACCAUAUAUCUUAUAGAAAAUUGAGAAGAUGGAACAUCGAUACCCCGUAGUUUAUCGACUUGUAUAGUGUACCAUCUGUCUUAUUUGGAGUACGGCGGAGCGACUGUUUUGAGCUGAGUGUAAACCUGGAGACAUGGACGUGGUGUCGCCAGAGCUGAACAUCCUCCUCCCUGACGAGAUAAUGGACACCGAGGCCAUCGUCAUGGAUGACGACCCACCCGCCGAGUCCCCUGCGGCGUCUGGCCAAUCACAGCCCAGCGACGAUGCACCAAUCCCCAUGGAAACAGAUGUUCUCGCCGUCCCAGAGAUCGUUAGCCUGUGUUCGGAUGCCCCUCCGACCCAGCGGACUCAGGCCCUGACCACCUCCAUCACCACAGACUCCACCCUCUGUAGCACCACCUCCGCCACUCAGCUCCUCCUCACCCCAUCCAUAGCUUCAUCCUCCCCCCUUACCCUCCGACCCGCCACAGCCUCCACCCUCACCUCCACCACCCCCAAAACCACUACCAGCCUGGGUGGGGUCAGUCUCACCUCGGGGGGCUUACAGAAGCUCUCAGCCAACCACCAGAUCAUCCUCAAUAAGGUGGCCUCAUCCCCGGGAGCAGACACCACCAGGUCCCCAGGCACCACCACUAUCACUCCAGGGGGCCAGAAGUUCAUGGUGACGGCCAUAGGCAAGUCAGGCCAGUCUAUUGUGCUGCAGCUGCCCCACACUGGCUCCAAGCCUGGCUCAGGGCAGGGGGAAGCCAAGGCCAACCCGCAGCAUUUCAAGGUGCUGACGAUAGGGGGGAGGACAGACCUAAAGCCGGUCAUGGUGGGGCAGGCGGUCAGCUCAGCCAGUCAGAUAUCCACCCUGCAGGCCCAGCAGCUGAAGACUGUUCAGAUUGCAAAGAAAACGCAGGUGUCGUCAGCUGGACCAAUCAAGUUCAUCAUCACUAAAGCUGUCAACAACAAAGGUCUGACCGCCCAGACAUCAGUAUCCAAUGUCAUUACAGGUCGAGUCCUGUCCACGAGCAGCCCAGUGACCCCCCCGCGGACCAUCACUCUCUCUGAGACCCUCAGCUCCAACAGCAAGAUUGCCAUCUCCCCCCUCAAGUCACCUAGCAAAUUGACGAUGGUGUCGGUGGCCUCCCAGGUACCCAACUCCCCUCAGAAGUCAGUGUCUCUGCCGCUCAACAUGGCCCACCUGGGACAGCAGAUACUAGUACAACAGUCUACAGCCACCUCUCCAGCCAAGCCCAUGAAGCCGGUGCAGACUGUGACGGUGGGUGGCCCCCAGUUUAAGACCAUCUUCCCCCUGUCCACCUCGUCCAACGUGCAGCAGAUCCAGGUGCCCGGCAGCCGCUUCCACUACGUCAGGCUGGUCACUGCCACCACGGGCAGCAGCACGGGACAGGCCGGCAGCCACUGCACCAACUCAUCCAUGACCGCCAAGCCUAUGGUGGUCAACACAGCCCAAGUCAGGAUGUCUGUCCCCAUCAUCCCAGCACAGACCAUGAAGCAGGUGGUGCCCAAGCCCCUGACGUCGUCGGGCCAGGUGCUGACAACUCAGACCCAGCAGAGGUUGAUCAUGCCCGCCACGCCGCUGCCCCAGAUCCAGCCCAAUCUCACCAACCUACCCCCGGGCACCAUGCUGGCGCCUGGGUCUGGGAACAUGGGCUAUACUGUGCUGCCCGCACAUUAUGUCACACAGCUCCAACAGUCUGCAUAUGUGACUUUGGCCAGCAGCUCUGGGUUCCCCACCCCUACAGGCAUCCAGACUCAGGCCAGACUGCCUCUCAAUGGCUUAUCAACAUCAGACGCUGCCUCCAGACCACGGAAGCCCUGCAACUGCAACAAGUCUCAGUGUCUCAAACUGUACUGUGACUGCUUUGCCAACGGGGAGUUCUGUCAGAGCUGUAACUGUACCAACUGCUUCAACAACCUGGAACACGAGACCGAGCGAGCUAAAGCCAUCAAGGCGUGUCUGGACCGUAACCCGGAGGCAUUCAAGCCAAAGAUCGGUAAAGGUAAAGAGGGCGAGUCGGACCGCAGACACAGCAAAGGCUGCAACUGUAAACGCUCGGGAUGUCUGAAGAACUACUGCGAGUGUUACGAGGCCAAGAUCAUGUGCUCGUCUACCUGUAAGUGUGUUGGCUGUAAGAACUUUGAGGAGAGCCCUGAGAGGAAGACUCUGAUGCACCUGGCCGACGCAGCUGAGGUGAGAGUUCAACAGCAGACGGCAGCCAAGACCAAGCUGUCGUCGCAGAUCUCGGACCUGUUCACAAGGACCACCCCGGCCAUCACCAGCGGAGGGGGGAGGAUGCCCUUUACAUUUGUGACGAAGGAGGUGGCAGAGGCCACGUGUGAGUGUCUGCUGGAGCAGGCUGAGCAGGCAGAGCUGAUCCAGCAGCCCCAGGCCACCGCAGAGAGGAUGAUCCUGGAGGAGUUUGGACGCUGCCUCAUGAGGAUCAUCAGCUCAGCGGGCAAGACGGACUGUCCCUCCAUCAACUGCUAGGCCAGGUCCAUGGGUUCGCUGUCUGUAUGUCUCUCACCCAGCCCAGUGAAAACUAGUGCUGGGAGACUAGAAGGGAAUAGUGGCCUCCUCUCUCCCCCAGCUUGAGAGCUAAACAUUAGGACUGGUGAGUGGUAGUGGUCCUUGGUUUCUCUGCCUCCCGGGCUGGCUAGCUAGCCGCCCAGUCUCAGAGAUGAGCAGUGGGUCUGGGAGAUGAGGGGAGUCGGCCAUGGGCGCCGUCUCUCUCGCCCACCCUCUGGGCAAAGCAUUGGGAGAGGAGUGGACUGUCUGUCUGCUCCACUUACUGCUAACCAUGCCCAUGUGCUUUCUCUCCCAUCCCCAUAGUGCUAGCAUUGGAUAGGGUGGAGAGUGGUGCACAGUCCCAUCAAUUGUUAGCUAGCUAGACCCAGCCAGCACCAGGAGGCAUGGACAGUCCUGAGCACUGAGCACUGCUCACCGUUUCCCACCCUCAUAGAUCUAGUGUUGGGAGGACAUGCAUUUCUCUGGAAGCUGGUGCUUCUCCUUCACAGUUAGUGGGAAUAGCCUUUGCAUAGCCUUGGCUGAAGGAAGGGGCUGUCCCCAUGCCCCCAGCCUCCCUGAAAAAAAUAAGGAUUGUUGUGGGAGAGACUCGCCAGAGAAAGAGGUGCAAGAGGGCACAGACAAAAGUUUGUUUGUGUUUUGGGAAAGGGGGGGGGGGGGGGGGGUGUUUUAGAUCAUAGGAUUUUUUAUUUUUACAAAAAAUCAUUUUUUAAAUCACAUUUAUUUUCUCCAUCUUAUUAUGGCUCUGUUUGCAUAUGUCCCUCACCCUCUCGCUCUGUUUGAAUCAUUUCUGAGGGUUCUGGAUGCAGACGAGGAAAGAAGGGUCACAUUCUGACUGCCUUCUUACAGGUAGUAGCCCAGGUUCUAAUCAUGACGGCCAUCUCUCUUCAGUAACUAGCGUAUUACUGUAACCCAACAAGAUAUGCUCACGUUACCCACUUUAUUUUCUUCAACCUCUGUUUCAGCUUGUGCUCAGAGCUUUGCAAAGUAUCUAGGAACAACUAACAUAUUCCCACCUUGACUUUUAUCACAGAUUAGGAUUCCAUUUUCCAUUUUUAAUUUUAAACAACUAAAUAGUAUGUAUUUUGGUAUGGGGUGGGGGGGCUUGUUCAAUUGGGGGGGGUGUACUGUUUCUGACACAUUCAGGUAGGGUAAGAUUUCACAAUAUCAAAUCCAAGUUCUUUGUGCUACUUAAGUGCUCAUGGCUUAUGGUACUCUAAAUUCAUUGUCAGGGUAUGAAAGUUGUCCACUUUAUUAGAGAUAUAUGAAUAUUGCUUGGUGCCCCUAUUAUUAUUUUUUUACCACUUUGUGAAUAUCAGUUUGCCUCUUUCCAAAUACAUGGAGAACAGCACGCACACACAUGCACGUUGGAUAACCGUCAAGAACCAGCGGUAGAUUGUUCGAUUGGAUAAUUAAUCUAGUCAUAGUAUCACUAUAUCCGAAGCACUGCAACUAUUUUAGCAUUGCAGAGUGCCUUUAUGCUACAGUAAGCUGUUCCUUGGUAGCUUUGUGCUUUACUAAGUCAUCAUGGAUUACCAGGCAACACAUGAUUUGGCCUCUUGUGUGUCGCACUGUAAUGACACCCAUCAAGUGUGUGUUCAACAGCAUUUGGGUAGUGUUUUGAUUGAAGAAAGUGAUGUUUUUAAGACCCUUUUGGGUCUGUUAUUUCCCUACUCACAAAGCCAAUCCCUUUCUAUAUGUAUUGAGUGUAUUGGUAACGUGUGUUUAAAACAAAUACUGUUAUUAGUUAUUGUAGCCUUAUCCCCCCCCCCCCCCCCCCCCCCCCAGGAUACCUUUGCCUUACGUUCUCCACUCUGCUCAGGGCAUCGAAGGACUUUUACUACAUUGUCUGUCUAUUGUUCUUUCCUGAAGACACGCGUGUUAAAAAAAAAAAAUAAUUAAAAGAGGAAGAGAAAAUAAUUUCCCAGCAGCCGUUUGACAAAUGACCCUCGUCCAAACAGAGGGCCUUUGUGCGUGUCAAGUUUUUCACCAUAAGAGAUUGAGUAAGACCAUGUUAUACACCAUCACGCAUGCUUUUCAAAGUUGUAAUCAUCCCUAUGCACUGAAAACGUUGUUUAUUGCAUGGGUGACCUUGCUAGAUGCUGAAGUGUUGCAAAAUUGCUGUGCAGCAGCAUCAACAAUUGGUCUGUGUGUUUGAAUGACAUGAUGCAUCCCAAAUAGCUUUAUUCAUACUAGAAAAUAAACAUUUCUCUGCAGCCUGUUCAGGAGGGUGCAAUGUUGCAGAACGUUCAGAUAGAAAUGGAUCGUGUGGAAAGGAUACAAUGGUAUUUUAGGUAGAGGAUUGGAAUUGUAUGCUCUGUUUUACAUGUCUAUCUGCAACAUUUGUCUCACCUCAUUGAAUACACCCUUUGUAUCCGUUGUCAUCCCACAAAGUGGGACAUUUUCAAAGGGCUUCCAAUAGAGGAGCACAACCAGAACCCCGUGAUGGUGCUAAACUCACUACGUCAAUCUGAUGGUGAAUGUUAGGGAAUUUUUUUUUUUUAGAUUGUCUUCUCACGAAGUGAGACAUUUAACAGAAUUAAUCAAUCAAUAGCAAUCAAGCUAAACUGCUAAAUUGUGCUCUGUUGGAGAACAGAAAAGUUUUAACAAAUCUAGAUAUUUCAGGAGAUACUUAACCUAACCCAUGAAACUUGGUACUAAUAAAUGUACACUAAACAAAACAAUGGACCUUCUCAAAAUGUUUGCAAUAACAGGCUUUUUUUUACUGUCUGUACUGAACUUAGUCUUUUUCGAGACUAUAUUGAACUGAUCUGUGUAAAUCUGCACCUCCAUGUUUCAAAGACCAUGUGCAAUGGCUCUGUAGUACUCCUCUGUAUUCCGGUUGGUUGAUUGUAUAUGUUACGUGACCAUUGCCUGUAUUACUUUCUAGGUGAAAUCAAGUUCUUUUUUAAAAACUUAUUUUUUUCACCAUUCUUGUAAACAUCUUUCUGUCAAGAAUUAUUUAUCUCACGUUAUCCUCAUGAUUAUAACACAGAAUUAAAGUACUUUUUUAAUUUUCAGAUUUAUAUUCAGUAAAGAGUAUGUAAGAUGUUGACUGUAAUGUAAGCGAAGUACGAAGCAAAUUAAAUUUAUACAUUUAAGUAUGAAUUUCUUUCUCAAUUGGUAAACUAAAUUGCAUUAAUAUUUUACAAAUGCAUAAGCCUGUUGGAUAUUGUCAGAUCUCUGAUAUAUGCCUAUUUCUGAUUUCAGAUCAGUUUUUUUUAUUUAUUUUUUACAGUGAAAUUAUGUUGAUUUAAACCUCCUAUACAUUAACACGUUUGUAAUUGUAACGCUAUUACAGAUGUCCAUAUUUGAAACAUGUAUUUAUUUUAGAAGUUGCCAGCAGACAUCUUACUGAAGUCCUGCCUUUCUCUGGUUUUUCCCACAUUGCUUUGCGGUGUACAUAAAAGGCAUGCGCAAAUUACCACGAGGUCUGUUCAUUUCAUUUGAUUAAUAGUACAGCGAAAAUCUAGCAAAUCGUGUGACAUCGAUGCAAAAAAAAAUAAUCUUGAAGAAUGUUUUGAUUAAAAAAUGACUUCGUCAUUUGUUGGCGAGAUGAUGACUGGGUAUUUGAUGCAGACCUGGCAGUGACUGGGUAUUUGAUGCAGAUCUGGCAAGUCUUCCGAUGCAAUGUUGCAGGAUGGAUGACAAACCGAUACAGGACACAUGAAUACUGUGGGUGGUGGAAAGGAUGUGACUUGGACCAGGUGACCUCCUGUUCAGUACUUUUCCCUGAUACAACAUGGAGGCCUUUGUAGGUCAUAGCAACCGUGGAGAGGCUCUUGAUUUCUUCAGUGCUGUGCAACAACUCACUCUGUGGGUAUUGGCUGACAGCUGUGGUAUAUCAGAAGGCUUCAGCAAGAAGAGUGCCCUGGACAGUCGUGUUUUUCAUGGCGAAAUUGACUACAAAGAUGGCACCUUGUGAAAUUGCAGCACAAAUUGAUAUAAGCAUUUACAAUCCCUUGUCCAAUUCCAAUAAAUGUUUUGGGGAAAAACGCUA